GCGUCAGUCGGGAUUCUUCCGCGCGGUGAGUCGCACGCGCAAUCUCUAGACUGCCGGCAACUGCGCACUACACCGUCUACAUAAAUUCCACGCGUUUCCACAGUAUCAGCUGAUAUCUACCGCGGUCCCCGCUCGCUUGUUCUUGUUCAGUCGCUCAGUCAUGCCUCGGUAGCGCGCGCAGAUGGAUGUGCAAAACGGUUCGCCGUCGCUGCGGCUGCGCGGCGGCGUGUUGAACAACGGUGAUAAUAAGAAACAUGAGUUGAAUCUGUGCACGAGUGUGAUGUCGCCGGAGACCCAGCGGCUGCUGCCGCCGACCACGGAGACGAUCAUGACCAAGCCGUUCCCGAUCCGAGGUGAACGCGCGAACUAUGUGAACAUACCGCACGUGAUCGCCAUGGUGGGGCUCCCGGCGCGCGGCAAGACGUACAUCUCCAAGAAGCUGUCACGGUACCUGAACUGGAUAGGGAUUAACACAAGAGUUUUCAACCUGGGCGAGUACAGGCGGCAUGCAACCACCGCCUACACCAGCCAUGAGUUCUUCCGCGCCGACAACAAGGAAGCGAUGGCCAUCCGUCAGCAAUGUGCGCUCGAUGCGUUACACGAUGUCUGCGAGUGGCUCGUCAAAGGUGGAGAAGUGGCCGUGUUCGACGCCACGAACUCGACGCUCGACCGCCGGCGCAUGAUCCGCGACAUCGUGGUGCACAAGAUGGGCUUCAAGCUGUUCUUCGUGGAGUCCAUCUGCGACGACCCGCGGAUCAUUGAGCAGAAUAUUAUGGAAGUAAAAGUAAGCAGCCCGGACUACACAAACAUCCAAAACACGGACAACGUGCUAAACGACUUUCUGCUCAGGAUAGAGCAUUACAAAGAGAAAUACGAACCGCUGGACGAGCGGCUCGAGUCGGAGUACAGCUUCAUGAAGAUUUAUGACACCGGAGAGAAGGUGAUGAAAACUGUAGUGGUUCACAAGCACGAGGGCCACAUUCAGAGCCGGAUCGUGUACUACUUAAUGAACAUACACAUCGUGCCACGGACGAUAUACCUCACGAGGCACGGUGAAAGCCUCCAUAACACAGUAGGCCGCAUUGGCGGCGACAGCUCCUUAUCAGCGCGCGGGCGCCAGUACGCCGCAGCCCUAGCGGGUUAUAUCGAUACCCAGCAAAUACCAGGGCUCCGUGUCUGGACCUCCUGGAUGCGUCGCGCCAUACAGACUGUGAAGGACGUCAAAGCGCCACAGGAAAGAUGGAAGGCCCUGAAUGAAAUUGAUGCCGGUAUCUGCGAAGAAAUGACGUACGCGGAGAUACAGGAGAAGUAUCCCUCCGACUUCAACGCCCGCGACGCCAACAAAUUCGCGUACCGGUACCCGCGUGGAGAGAGCUAUGAAGACCUGGUGGCGCGUCUGGAACCAGUUAUUAUGGAGCUGGAGCGCCAGGGAAAUGUGCUGGUCGUCUCCCACCAGGCCGUCAUGCGCUGUCUGCUGGCCUACUUCCUCGACAAGUCUGCCGAGGAGCUGCCCUACUUACACGUGCCGUUGCACACGGUGAUCAAACUCACGCCGGUCGCCUACGGCUGCCGCGAGGAGCACAUCAAGCUGUCCGUCGCCGCCGUCGACACGCACCGCCCGAAACCCUCUAUCUCGGAGGAGGACGGCGCGGAGGACACGUGAUACCAGCGCCCCCUAUCAAGCCGCCCGUGCCGCCGAUCAUCAACGGAGAAAGCAACGGAGACGAGGAAAGCCAGGCGCAUUAACUUGUAUGAUUAGCUUUGUGAGUUGCCAAAAGUUUGGACAAUCUUUAGGGCCUAAGGGGUUACUACGAAAAACGUUAUACGAAGUUUCGAAAGUUGCCAUCCCUCUCACGCAAAGCGAUAUGCUAGCGUGAGCGACGGUGACAGCUAGACUUGAAACAACGUGAACAGCUUUUGGAGUAGCCUUGCAGUGCACUCCACGUUUUUUAAACGCGCCGACAGUGCGCGAUUAAAGCCGGAUUUUUAUUUAUUCGUGUUGUGUCGUGAUUCUCCAGAACGGAAUCGGUUUCAUACACUAGUGUUGUGUGUCCCGUUCUGAUGCGUCACAACAAACGUGACGUCAAACACGUCAGACAAAAUAAAUCCGGCUUUAAAACUCGCGUUGAUGGCGCGAGUAAAAAAAGUACGUGGUGUACUCAAGCACUAAGAUUUAUUUUAAUUUAUUUAUAAAUAAAAUCCUGUCGUCCAUCUCGGGAUAAUGACAGUGCCUUCACUAUUGAGCGAUUGUCUAUGGUUAUGAAAUAUGACCAGAGACAAGAUACUUUAACGUUAAAUCUAUGGUUUGUAACUAUUCAACAUUUCCGUGGAGUGACUAUUGGAUUACAAUUGUUUUGUUCAAGUGUUAUUUAUUCUUUAGUUUCAUUUUUACAUAAAAUAUGAAUCGAAAAGAUUGUUCAAACCAUUGACAAGUUCUCGAAAGGUGUACUCCAUAGACAAAACUAGAAUGGAUAAUCUGUAUAGAAAUAUAGUUGCGACCAAUGGGUAUUUUACAAUGUUAACGAGACGAUAUGAAAAUUGAAACAUUUCUUUCAUAGUUUGUGAGCUUGGUGUCUGCAGAUGAAUUUGAGACUGAUGUGAAUUAUAAAUUUAAAUUCGUAAGUCGCGGUGUCUAAAGCGUGGCUCGAGAACUUCUAACGUUUGAUGUUAUAUACAGAUGGCGCUAUCUUAAGCGGCCAUAUUGGAUUUUUUUAAAGGAGACUGUUGCGAAAAAUUCAGAAGUUCCAUCAAGGGUUACAUCAAUAAAAUUCAAUUUUCAGUACCAAAUCGUCGAUAUUAAAUCGUCACUGCUUCGUGGCGUGUGACAUCUUUUGAGACCGCACGAACUCAUUUCUUUGUAUGGGCCUAAAAGACAGAUAAAUUGAUUCAAACAUUUUUAAUCCUGACUUAAAUUCUACGUUUUAACGUUAUGGUGUUCUCGAGGCAUGCAUAGAGUAUGAGAUUGAAAAACAUUAUGGAAGCUACAUUCAUGUCCGUUCGUCACCAAGAAACAGCGGGGGGCCACAAUAUCCGAAGAUUCUGAUGUCCAACGGUUUCCUUUUCUUAUACCUUUUAUACAAAAACAAGCCUAUUUUAUGCUAGCGUAUCUUUUUUUAUGCUAGACAAGGCAGGUAUUUGACCGCAAUCUAGCUUGCUCUUACGCCGUGUACCGUAUUAUAGAUCGUUUCAUCCACGAAGACGCGCCCCACCAAUUUUUGGCCGAGAUCGCGCGGGGUGCGGGGAGUUUGAUCCGAGCAAUCCGAGCGUCAUUAUUGUAGUGUGCGUGUGCACUCAUGGAUAAUUUAGCGUGUACCGAUAACACUCAAACAUUAGCGGAAGAAUGGUGGGGCGCGUCUUCGUGAAUGAUACGAUCUAUAUUCGUCGAUCCUAAAUAUUGACAAGACGUGUACGCCAAUUUGACCUUUCUUGCAUUGUAAACCUUUGAUGGCACACAUGAAUUUGGGUCUUAUAACAUUUGAGGAUCGACUAACAAUACGGAGAAAAGUGUGUAAUCGCUUGAUUGCGCUGAAGCGAUAUUUUUCCUUAACGCAUGCGCGGGCGCUAUCCCUAUUACACACAUGCUGUGUAUUUGCUUUUUAAUAUUUUCACGUCAGUGAUCCAAUAUAUCACUAAAAAUGAAUGCAAUGCAAGAAUGCUGACUGUAUGCAGAGACAGCUUAUGUCGUUAAAAGCAGUCUUAAGGUCAUAGCACACUUAUCAACCCGGAAAGGGAUCAACACCGUAUCGCGAGGCGAGGCGUUUACGUUACGAUGCGAAUAAGUAUGCGUUGCAGUAACGGAAUUUCUAACCAAGAAUACUGACCGCCUCUAUACGGUUACGAUUCGUUUCCGGGAUGAUAAGUGUGCUUCGUCCUUUAAUGUUGGUAAAUGCUCGUAAACCGUUAUAAUGUUUUUCAUGUCUUUAUGGUUUUUUAAGUGGCUACAAUAAAGCUCAAUGACCUCAUAAGCUGUCUAAGUAAUUUUUCUUACAGUUCAAACAUUAGCCUAGCAUUUUUGUAUACGAUUUGGACAAAGUCCACAGGACGGGUAUGUUUAGUAUUUUAACACCGCUAUUUAUACUCUCAUUCUUAUUUAUAAAAACUAAAUAAGUAAAACAACACUCGGUUAUAUACUGUUAUGUCUCUUUUCAUCUCGUCGAAAUCGACAUUUGACAGAAAGUGACAGUCGAUGCUUGCUAACCGAAGCAGAGUCGUGGUCUUUGUUUUUGUUUUUAUGAAUAAGAGAGUUUGUCUUAUAUCAAAUCGCCAGAUAUUGCUGUGUAUUAAAUAAUUCCUUGGUUUGCAAAGUCCGAUUCGAACGAAUUUAGUGAUGGAUAGAUCCUAGUGAUAUUUAUUAUUAGAUGGAACGAAUGAUGGGAAAAGUCGAGGGCCAAAUUAUAUCGGGCUUUGCAAAACGUGGCAUUUUUAAGACAUUUAAAAUUAAAAUGGAUGUAUUAUCGUUUAAUAUUUGUAAUCGGCAAGUCAACUAGAAAUAUUAAUAUCGAUGUUCUUGUAAUACUUUUUGUAUAACAAAAUAAUGUAAUUUUUUAAUCCAAAUGUGACGCUUUUAGGUAUAUUAAAACCUUUUAGCAGCCGUCCUUAAACAGUUUUUUUUUUGUUUUUGUUUAUUUAUUAUCAAGAUGACUAAUUAUAAAUUAUGUAUUUUAUGUUAUCUAUCAUAGAAUAUUGUAUGUGUUUACAUAUUUAAUGUUAGCAUUCGAUGUAAAACCGAGCCUCUGUAGAUUUUGUCCAUUUUUAAUAUUGAGCAACGCUAUUUUUUUAUAAGCCGCUGAAAAUAUGUAAAUCUGAAUAUAAAACUCGUACAAUACAUACAUGUAUUGUCGAAUUUUUAUUCAAUAGGACUUUCUGCCUUAAAAUUGAAGUACCAUACCGAGUGAAACUUAAAUCAUACAAAGGUUUUUUCAAUAAAAAUAUGUGUACAAGCAGGCAAAAUAUUAACUACCAGUUAGUAAAUCCUUGCAAUGUUGUUCGCCUUGAGUCCUAAAGAUGUAUUGCCCAAUUAAGGGCAGCAUGAUGGUCAUCAGUCAAUCUGGCUGUACAACUUAGCUUAGAUCGCUAGAAAACUUUGAAAAAGUUAAAAAAAAGUGACGAAUAGAAAACUCCAAUUCAAAGUAAAACCGAUAGCCUUAUUCAUUAUUUUGACACGAACGUGCGUACCGUAUAGAAAUUAAAUAGUGUCAACUUGCCAAACCUACUUGAACGAAACACGGGACGGGACAUAAACAGUACCUACGCCACUGUCUCAAUAAGACUAAACAACACUGAACAUUGAAUAUCAACUGGUGUUAUUUGUUUGAAAAAAAAUCCCAUGAUUUAAGUUCCACUUUUUAUACCACCAUUAUUAUCUUCAGCUCUGAAGGCAAAAUCCGGGACUACAUUCUGUCCUAAGCUAGCCGCGCUAGAGAUUUCCGAAAAAU